UGAGAUUGGCCAUUUUUGACAUGAAAAUGCACCCGUACGUGCGAGGCAGACAGGCCAACGCGCACUUCGUCCAUCCAUCCAUCCAUGUCCAUGUCAGUCUGCACUCACUGCUGCUGGGCUGUGGCGGCUCGAUGGCUGAAGGGCAACAGAGAGAGAGAGAGAGAGACAGGAGGCAAGAGCGACCGAUGCAACGCCGCAUGGACAGUCAUAGCUACGUCACAGUCGGCAGAGUGUCGAUAGGCAGAGGCACACACACGCGGUCUAUCGUCCCUCCCUCACUGCAAAUUCACUUGAACAUCAAUUUGAGUGUGAAUAUGAACCCAUACCAACCACACUCACACUCACUCUUCUUGACGGUGUAGUGCGGUGCGGUCUGCCUGGCGCACUCAUCCGCAAACGAGCGGAGGUCGGCCAGCUUAUCGGCCUCGCUGUCUCCCUCCAGCCCACUCUCCUCCAGCCGUGCCUCCAACUCGACACUCACUGGCCGCAGAGCCAAAGCUAGCUUGAUGAACUCUCUCACGCCGGCCUUGCUGCAUAGGGAUGAAGAGGUCAGGCGAUCGAUGGAAGGGCGGCGGUCGCCCCAUGAGGCAGGGGCGUCCGCCGGCCACUCGCACACCACACGCCAGCCCGACUCACUGAUCCUGACCUCAUCUAGCUGACCUACGGACAAGUAGGACAGAAACUCACAGGCGGCAGCGAAGCUAGACACGCCAUAGAGCCGGACACCCUUGAGUGUCCCCAGUCCGCCCACAAGCGGCCUCAGUUUGCUACUGGCGGCGCGCACGUCAGCCAGGGACAGCGAGAAAGAGAACACCAGCAACUCCUUGACAGCAGGGAAGCAUCGGCUGGUCGACCGCCUUCCCUCUCCGUCUCCCUGCCUCUCGGCCAGCCACUCGGGGAUGCUGUCUUCCACCGCUCCCGAUGCACUCACGCCCUGCUUUGUCGUGAACUUGAUCUCGAGCUUCUUGGCCUUGGUGAAGAUGAGCUUCUGGCGCCACGACUCGUGCAGCGGAGUGCCACCGAGCUUCAACCUCAGCUGCACACAGCAGAAACGCACUUGUGGUCCUGUCAGAUGGUCUCCCUCCCUUGUCUGCCACAUUCCUGACAUGUGUCGCAUUGGCCGCCAGCCGCGUGGCGAUCUCUUCGUAGAGGCCGUCGGGCGCCGGAGGGGCAGUGGCAGCCGUCGUGCUGCAGUCGAUGGUCAUGGGACCCGACUCUGGCAGCCAAUCGAGCUGGCAGUGGCCAUCCGCCACCCACUCGCUGAUGCCCUCCAUGUCGGCCACCCGGAGUCCGUAGUCCACACCGAUCUCAGCAUCAACCACCACGAAUCCCAGCCUCUUCGGCGCACCUGCAUGAAACAUAGGAGGGGACAAGCCAGGAUAAGCCACCCUUGUGCCCCGAUGCACUUCUUGUUGAGCGCACAUUUCGGCUCUUGUGUGUUGCAGUGUUUGCUGAGGGUGUCCUUGAGCUGAUUGAUGCGGCCGAACUGGUCCAUCUUGAUCUGCAGGCCGGUGAGGGUGGUGAGGUGGGGGCAGCCGGCGAGGGCGGGGAUGAAGCCGGCCCACUGGUCGUCGUCGUUGUCGAAUGUGAUGCUGUCGGCCUCCAGGCGCCUUAUCAUGGGGGAUGUCUCGAGGAGGCGCACGAGGUGGGGCGUAUGAUCGGUGUGGAGGGUGCCGACUCGCAGUGUUGUGAGGGCCGGGAAGAUCCAUCGACGCCUCCUGCAGACACACACACGUCGAAGCAAGAGAUCAAUGGCUGUGCGGUUGGCGCGCCAACGCUGACUCCCCUGACGAACGUACCUGAGGUAGUCAAGACCUGCAAGGCCACGGACGUCCAAGUCGGUCAAUGAUGAGAACACGAUGGGCCCGGCAUCCGGCGUCCGUGACCAGCUCUCGACGUUCAGGGUGAUCUUCUUGAGUGAGUCCUUGUUGGCCUCCAACAGCUUCGACGCCACAGGCGGGACCACUCGGGCGUCGACAAAGGCCGUCUGGAUCUUGCCCUGUACGCACACACACCAACAGGUCGCAUCGCACCAUGUGUGUGUCGCUUCUGUCAUGACCCACCCAGCCCUCUCACCAUGUGCUUCAAGUGCUGUAGCGUCUUGAUCUUGUCGUAGAUGCGCUCCUCGCCACGCGUCAUGGUGAAGUUGCGGAACACGCCAAACGUCUUGUCGGUGGCCUUCUCGUGAGUCACUCUGUUGACGCGCGAGAGGCGGAUGUUGUCGAUGGUGCUCAGGAAGGAGCCCAGGGGGCUGAAGACUUCCUCGGGCAGUCCAGACAGACUCGGACGGCCGUAUGGCUUCUGACAUACACACACACAUACACAGGUGCACAGCACACUGGUAAAGGCUGUCACGGUGGCUGCCACUUCUCUGUGCCAGUCACCUUGGGCGUGUUCAUCGGCCUUGAUGUCCCCUCUGCAGGACCACACACAUCCACCGACCCACCUGAAGGUACCACACACACAACACAACACAAGUCAACAACCAAGGCAUAGAGCAGUCAUGCCGGCGCGGUGCGGUGCAGAAGAUCCGAUCCAUCAUCGGGUGGGGAGUGGGGUUGGUGUACCUCCAGCAGCGGCAGCAGCCGAUUCAAGAGCUACACGUCUACGCUUGCUCUCGCCCUCAUCACAAGCAGACACCUGGAUGAACACAGCUCAAAGAAGCAGCACGGAUGCCAUCGCCAUGAGCCGAGCUGGUCCACCGGUGUGCGCUGUAGGUUUGUCUGUCCUUACCGCUGCGGAUUUCUGUGGUUUGGUGGUGGUCCCAACCACUGCACCGCCCUCGCGCUGGUCACUCUUCUUGCCCCACCGGAACGUCUUACCGCCCAUUCGCUGACGUGGACACACACACACACACACACACACAGAGAGAGAGAGAGAGAUCUGCACUAGAGGUCAACGCACGUGUGACUGUCCUGUAGAUGGUUACCAGGUCUUGGUUGUACUGGGGUGGUGGCUUGGUCCGGUGCGGCACCGUGACCGGCUUGAGCUCCUCCUCCCUCCCCUCCACCUCCCGCAUGAACACCACAGUGCCGCCAUUGGUCUCCUGGGUGUCGUACACGACGGCCGUCACCCACACAGACUCCCCCGUCUGCUGCUCGGCCGCCACCGACACACGAGUGCCGACCUCGUAACGAGGCGCCCGCAGUGUCUGACCACAGACACACACACAAAUGGCAACACGCAUAGGGAUGGCCGUACCUACCUGAUCGUGAGAGGUCAUGCCGUCCUUACGAGAGUGUCGUAGUCAGUCGUGAUCUGUGUCAACUCUUUGGCAGAGGCCGAGCGGACGGCGGCGGGAUUGCCCGGGAUGGCCGACAGCGAUGCACCAUCCUGCAGGCAACAGACAGGAAGAUGGUUGACAAGUGAGUCUUGCAGCUCGGCUGUGUGGUGUCUUCUGCGGACAGACCUGUGUGGUGCUGUCGGUGUGUGUGGCUGUGAUGUGGUCUGCCCGCUCAGCUGCAUCAGAGGCAAUCUGAGAGGCGACCUGUACAGCGAGAUGACUCUUGCUGUGUGUCAUGUGAGCGGCCUUCUCCCUCCCUUAAGGACCGAGUGUAUCUGUUGCAGAAGAUCACGAGAAGAGCUGCCGCCGCUAUCAUCGCCACUCGGUCCGCCUGCAGCACACAACCACCACGCCAGCCAGCCACAUCACAUAAAGAUGAAGCGUGUGGUGGCGUGUGUGACCUGCAGAGGCGGCCGGGGCGUCAUCUCUGUCUAUGUUCAUCAUUUCGCUGUCAGCCAUCUGCACUGAGUGUGAGCGCCUCUCAGUCGGCUUCCCGAACCUCACAGUACCAUUAC